GUUUUCACCUCAUCCCUCACCCUAAAGCGCGCGCUCUGUCUGCCCAUCAACAACCCAUCGAAGGGGCCUCUUUCUUCCAUCGACAGCCGGUCCGCCGAGCAUCGAAUCGCCUACUCCGAAUGGCGUCUCUCCAGCGCGCCCGGGCUCCCGUCCGGAAAGCCCUGAGUGCCGCGCCCGCCGUGGCCGCCCGCGCCUUCGCCACCGUCCCCAACCCCGGCGACGACGCCGCCGCCGCGAAACCCCAGCGAAAGACGUACUUCAAGGACACAACGGUGGCUCCCUUCUCCGACUUUGUCGGCACCUCGUCGGCCGCGCAGCCGCUGUCGCCCACGGAGGCGUACACGCUGCGUACCGCCGAGGUCGGUCCCGCGGGCAAGAAGCGCACCAUCACGCGGCUGCCCGAGUGGCUCAAGACGCCCAUCCCCGCGGGCAACGACAACUACAAGAAGAUCAAGUCGGACCUGCGCGGCCUCGGACUGCACACGGUCUGCGAGGAGGCACGCUGCCCUAACAUCUCCGAGUGCUGGGGCGGCUCCGACAAGAGCGCCGCCACGGCUACCAUCAUGCUCAUGGGCGACACCUGCACCCGCGGCUGCCGCUUCUGCAGCGUCAAGACGAGCCGCGCGCCCCCGCCCCUCGAUCCCCACGAGCCCGAGCACACGGCCGAGGCCCUCGCCCGCUGGGGCUUGGGCUACGUUGUCCUCACCAGCGUCGACCGUGACGACCUCGUCGACGGCGGCGCCAGGCAUUUCGCCGAGACCAUCCGCAAGAUCAAGCACAAGAAGCCCUCGCUGCUGGUCGAGGCCCUCACGGGCGACUUUAGGGGCGAUCUUGACAUGGUCAAGAUUGUGGCCGAGAGCGGCCUUGACGUAUACGCCCACAACGUUGAGACCGUCGAGGCCUUGACGCCGUACGUGCGCGACCGGAGGGCCACAUUCCGGCAGAGUCUCAAGGUCCUCAAGCAUGUCAAGGACGUGAGGGGUAAGGAGGGCAUCAUCACCAAGACGAGCAUCAUGCUCGGCCUUGGCGAGCAGGAGCAGGAGGUCAUGGACGCAUUGAGGGAGCUGCGGAAGGCCGACGUCGACGUCGUCACCUUUGGCCAGUACAUGCGGCCGACGAAGCGCCACCUCAAGGUGGAAAAGUACGUCACUCCCGACGAGUUCGAGAUGUGGCGCCAGCGAGCCCUCGACAUGGGCUUCCUGUACUGCGCCAGCGGGCCCCUUGUCCGCUCCUCGUACAAGGCCGGUGAGGCCUUCAUCGAGAAUGUGCUGCGCAAGCGGGCCGGUGACAAGGUCAUGGCCGGAACGGAGAGCCUCGGCAAGGCGGUAGCAUUGGACGCGGACGCGCGUUCGAUAUAAAUACAUUCACAGCGCUUUCACGUUCAUUCAUCACAUUUGUGGAUUAUUGGCCCAUUCAUCAGUGGAGGCGGCCUCAUGGGACGGCGUUUAGGAUUCAACUGGAGAGGGGGUGCCUUCAACAACGGCGCUUCCGUGUAUUGGCCGUGCAUAUUUGUGCACAUGCUGUGUCUCGGACACAGAGCUAAGAUUCGACACUAGGUCUCGUGGCAUAUAGAGACAGGUCAUACGGCACACGCGUCUUAUAUACGUGCCCGCUCGAAGCUGGGUAUCAUGAAAAGAACAAAAUCAUGCCUCAACUGGUGUCCCAAAGCGACCUCAGAGCUGUCAAGCCGAUGAACAUCGCCUCCUCUGUCCUGAUGGUCCUGCUGCCCUGGCUCGGCAGCACGUUGAUCCAGUGGUCGAACAGCUCCCUCGUCUUGGGGCCUUGGACGUCCAUGCCGGUGAGCUGCUCGUCGUUCAUUGCGGCGAACUCGAGGCCUCUGGGCCCACCAAAAGCAAUGAGCAUAUGCUUGAAGUUGAGGGGCCGCGGGGUAGAUGACGGGAACGCCCGGGAUAUCGGCGUGCCCCGCUCGGACGUGCCGAUGCUGAUGUCGUAACCCUCUUCGUACGGUGACUCGGUGAAAACGUUGGAAAGGGAUGACGCCUUUCGAACUGUAUAACCCCAAUAGUACCCGCCCUCUUCGCGCGGCGCCGCCGGAUUGACGCAUUCAGGAUACUUGGACUCGUCCUCGGGGAAUAGCAGCGUGAGGCGCGUCUUGGGCGGAAUGGUUUCCUCGAUCUCGACGGGGUCUUCCAGGCCGACCUCGACGAGCGUUCCCUCGCCGGUGCCCGUCUUGCCCGCGAUGGUGACUCCUUCGCGGUAGGGGAUCCACUCCUUGGGGUUGGGGUGGUGCGGCAUGUCGAGGCUGGGCAGCAGCGCCGUCAGGCGCAGGUUGGG